AAUCUUAAAAGGCUAUAUUUAGAGAUGGGAUCCAGUGUUGCUCAUACUGCUUAAGACGACAAGUAAACCUCUGGCGCCGAGCUUGCAACCGCAACGCUUGUCCUCUCGGGCUAUGCACUAUCAGUAAAGCUUAAGAUGUCUACCAAGAAGGACCUCCUGCUCCUGCUGCUGGAUGUGGGCGAGCACAUGCGUCCCUACCUGCCGCUGCUGCACCGCUUGAUAUUUGACGUGCUCACAUGCAAGCUAAUCAGCAAACCCAACCACGAAGUCGCUGUCGUACUUUACGGCACCAAGGGCACCCGCCACGCGUUGUACGACGCAGCGGAUCCGGACGGAUCCUAUCCGUACGUCACCGUACUGCGGCCGCUGCAGAACGUCGCAUCGCACUUGGAGCUGCGACGAUUCGCCUUCGCAGCAGACCCGCUGCCCUUGGAACAGCAACAGCAGGUGGAGGAGGCAGAGGAGCCGCAUGACCCUGUCGCCGACGCUGAGGAACAUGAUGCCAGCACCGCCGCCACCGCCGCAGCAGCAGCAGAAGAGGAAGCCGAGGAGCUGCUAGCACGUUUGGAGGCGGCAGGUCUGACCUGCGGCGACGCUGCCUGCAUGGUCCGUGCGCUGCGGCUGUUCGGGCCUGCGGGCCCCCGGGCGGACUGGGGUGAUGGGCUGGUGGUGGGUCUAGACGUGCUGGCUAGUGCGUUGAAGGAGCGGUUCCAGCGAGGGCAGCCGGAGGCGGGCAAGCAGGGGGCUGUGAGGGCGGUGCUGGUGUCGAACAUGCUGGCGGAGUCUGUGCCGUACGAUGACGAGUUCCGUGCUGAGAUGGCAGCCGUCUGCAUCGACCGCAACAUCCAGCUGGACGUGUUUUGCCUGGACCACUACCUGCCUCCAACCGCACAACCGCCACCACAACGAGGUGGCAAGUCCGGUAACAACAACACCAACAACGGAAGCAGUUUCAACAACGGCGGUAGCAAGGGCGGCAGCAGCAGCAAGGGUGCGGUGUACGACACGCUGUCGCUGUUGCCUCCGGAGCUAGCUGCCGUACGGCAACGCAACUUAGAGCAGCUGCACACCCUGAGGGCGGAGCUGGCGCCUGCGACCUUCAGGCACCUCCGCGAACCCGCCGAGCUGCUGAGUCUGUUCCGCGCCAAGGAGGUGAUGCUGCAGGCCAGCAAUGCGGUGUUCAGACUGAACCCUGGGUCGGCUGCUGGUGGCGAGGAGGAGGAGGUGUCGCAGGCGGCGCCUGGCAUCACGCUUGGGGUCAAGCUGUACAAGAAGGUCCGCAGGGCUCGAGUGGAGGAGUGGCGGUCUGUGCUGGAACAACCACCACCACCACCAUCCGCUGCAUCAGCCGCCGCCGCCGGAGGCGCCGUGCACAGCAACGAAGCUGCCACCGGCGGGGAUGACGGUGCCGGCGGCGGCGGCGGCCCUUCCACCUCCGCCGGCGCCGAUCCAGCCUUCCUACGCGACCCGGGCUUCCUCCGAGACGUAGAGUACGAGGAUCCCACCACGGGCGAAAAGUUCUCUCGCAAGGAGCUGGUAGCCAAGGGGUACCUGUACGGCAAGCAGGCCGUACCGAUCCAGCGGUACCAUUCGGAGUACGGCGGAGGAGUGGACGAGCAAAUGCUUAAAUUCCGGGAGAAGGACUUCAGUUUGCUGGGGUUUGUGGAUGAACGCAAUGUGCCGCAUCACCGGCUGAUCGAUGAGCCCUAUGUCGUACUGGGCGACUCGCCCUCCUCCGCCGUAGCCAUUGCCGCACUGGCGCUGGCACUGAACGACGCGAAGCAGGCCGGCAUCGUGCGCUUCCUGCUCCGGCGGGACGCCCCCCAGCUGGGCGCCCUCACGCCCCACCUCAGCGACUCCGCCGAUGUGCCCCACGCGCUGCUGCUCUCCCCGCUGCCCUUCGCCGAGGACAUCCGCCCGCACGCCUUUGCAACCUUCCGCAACGAGGCCGAGGCGGCGGAGGUACGGCGGUUGCUGGCAGAGGCACGCGGCGAGCCCCUCCCACCAACACCACCCCCAGCCUCUACCUCCUCCUCCUCCGCUAACGGACAGCAGCAGCAGCCGCCGCUGCGUUACGAGAAGCUGCAACCCAGUGAGGAGCAGCAGGCGGCGGCGCUAGCACUGGUCCGCUCUCUAGACCUAGGGCCAGGCAGCCUCUCCUCCACCUUGCCAUCUCAUGGAGGAGGUGGUGGUGGUGGGGGCAGUGGGGCCGGUGGUGGUGGUGAGCCUCGGCCCGAGGCUCUGGUUCCUGAGCUCACUGCCAACCCGCACCUGCACCGCUGCUAUGAGCUGGUGGCGUCACGGGCGCUGGACCCGGAGGCGCAGCUGCCCCACCCCGAUGAUGACCCGCUGGUGGGUCUGGUGCUGCGGCCGCAUGGGCGCUUCUGGCCGCCCGGGGCAACCGCGGCGCUGGGCAGGGCGGAGCAGCUGCUGCAGAGCAGGGAGCGAGUCAAGGGCGAGGGCCCCGCCGCCAAGCGAGCACGUUUCGGGGAGCCGUCCGGUGCUGGUGCUGCUGGUGCUGCAGCCGAGGGACAGGAAGGGGCCGCCGCAGGCCCCAGCACGGAUACAGACCGGCACCAGCAGCAGCAGCAGCUGGUGUCCGGUCGUGCGGUUGGUGCAGCAGCCGGGGGCGGCGGCAGCGGGGCGGUGCGGGUCAGCCGUGUUGGGGAGCUGAGUGCGGAGGCGGACUUUGCUGCCAUGCUGGCACAGGACGCAGAGUCCGCAUCAGAUGCCGCACGGCAGAUGCAGGAGCUGAUCCGGAUGCUCGUGGAUAAAUCCAUCGGAUCUCAGCUGUACGACAAAGCACUCAAGUGCGUGCACGCGCUGCGAAGAGGCUGUCUGGACAUGGGCCGUGCGGGCGCCUUCAACUCCUUCCUGCGCGACCUUGUGACCUGGUGCAAGCAACGAGGCCGCGGCACCUUUGUGUCCAUGCUGGCAACACAGCCUGUGGGGCUCAUCACAACCGCCGACAUGACGCAGGCUGCCGCUGCGAGCACGAGGACAAGGGCAGCAGCAACUGCAGCGGGGCCGCUGACGGCUGUUCCGUUCCAGGACGACGGAGGCGCGGUGGAGCCUGGGGCUGCUGAGUCGUUUUUGGAGCAGCAGACGCGGCCGGCGGCGGUGGAGGAGGAGGCGACGCUUCCAGCGGUGGUGAUGGACGACGAAUUCGAGGACAUGGAUUGAGGGAGGGUGAGAGAGAGGUGGACAAAGUGUUAUGUAAGGUGCGAACUGGUGCAAGCAGUGGAGCUGUUGGGGAGUGGGGAAGUUGACCUGCCAACGGUUUCCUGCGGUUUGUUUUGUGGGAGGUAAACCUGGCAAUGCAUGCUGACAGGGUCCGUCCUGGGUGUAAGCGGGGCCGCCAUGCGGUAUACCGUAGGAGGUAAGGCGGCCUUGUUAGGUGGUGGUUGACGGGGCGUGGUUAGCGAUGACGAUGGGUCGUGGUUGACGGGGCGUGGUUAGCCACGUCGUCAUCGUUCUGUUUGUACUGCAUUCAGGGUGGCUGGUUGAAUGCAUGCCGUGUCGCUUCUUGGUAGUCUUCACAAUGCCAUUGCAGGAGCUGAUGCUACGUAUGCAUGUAUAAAUUGGGUAUCACGUUUCCCACAAUACUGGCUUGCUCCCAAUACAUGUGACAGUCCCUGCAGUAGGCUUUUUCACAUAAACGAGGCCUUCUUCACAAAAACGGCGAUUGCUGCCGACCCAUGGGUCAUCUUUUCGCAACAUUUAAAG